GCGGGGCAGAGGAAAGGAGCUAUCUGACUUAAUAGUACAGAGUACUCCGUACAACAAUAAAAAAAUAAUUUAAUAUUAAACCCAGAGACAAGAGAUAGAAAAAGAAGAAAGCAGGGGGGGUUUGAUAAGAUUAGUCAGCCAAUGCGGCUAGCUUCGACGCGGCUAUUUUAAGCGGGCGCUAAGUAGACUUAUCCCUGUCGGUGGAUCUGCAGCCGCCAAAAUUCCCCAACAGGGAAAAAAAAAAAGAAAAGCGACAUCAGGGCAUUAAGCAUCAAUGCACCACCAGCAGCUCUCACAAGAUUUCCUCCCAUCGAGAACGACCACUUGAAAUCGAAGUGGCUGUCUUUGCCUUUACCCUUGCCCUUGACCACGCCCUCCAUCCCUCUCCCAUCCAUACUCAAUGGCCCAGAAAGCCGCCGCAAGGGAGCUGAUCGUCAAGCUCAUCGUGGGAGCGGGACAGGCCAGCCCCAGUCCCCCCGUUGGCCCCGCCCUCGGAAGUAAAGGUGUGAAGAGUAUGGAUUUCUGCAAGGAAUUCAACGCUCGCACCGCCCACAUCGAAACCGGGACUCCGAUUCCAGCCCUCGUCACCGUCCGCCCCGAUCGAUCGUUUACCUUCGACCUCCGAACCCCCACCACAUCCUGGCUGUUGCUCAAAGCCGCAGAUGUAGAGAUACGCAAGGGCCGGCUGCGGGGCACGGAAAACCCAGGCAAGGACUUCAUCGGCAAAGUGUCGCUGAAGCAUGUGUACGAGAUCGCAAAGAUCAAGCAGUCAGAGAUCCGGUUGUCUGGAACAAGUUUGCAGUCACUGUGCAAAAGUAUCAUCGCCCAGGCGAAGUCGGUCGGCAUUGAGGUUGUCCCUUGAGCCUUUCAAAUCAUCUCUUUUGUGCGCAUAUCUCGGGGAGUGAUCAUUUACUGAUAUACUCUUUUUUUUUUUUU